UCCAGCGCGAACUUUGAUGAAGAAGGUAACUUAAAUAAAACGAAGCAGUGAUUUACUGCACCAAGUACUGACAGUCUAUCGAAACAGAUGCUGUGCAUCCUACCCGCGAAAUGAAUUGGGCCUAUUAAGAUGUAAUUAUACUGCACAUCAAUAUAAACAUGCACACUAAAAUGUGAUUUAUUGAUAUCUUUAUUUUGCUAUAAAAUUGGUAAUUGUUGCAUGUAGUUUUAAAGAUAAAGUGACUGAAUGGAGUCAAUGCAUUUUAGCCAAAGCGAGGGAAAAACAUAAAACGCACUAUCAUCUAAAACAGUAAGGUUAUCACCCCUUCUAAACUAUGCUUUAUAACUGCAUAUCAUGCGAUCUGGUUUUAUUACGGAUACCGUUUCACGUUCCAUUAAAUUAGUGGGUCAAUCCGUUUCUUCUUAUACCCUUAUUCUGUUUCCAUGUAAUGCUGUAACGUAAUUCAUUGAUUACACAUCGAGUGAUUAGACCACAACGUAUACCUGCAAAAAAUAUUUAGUGUGACAUACCAGCUACAGAUAACAUAACUUUUUGGCGACCUAAAUUAUUCCGAUUUGCCUUUUUUCCCUAAAGUGUUAUAUAUUGACUAAGAGCAUUUUCACUAAAUGUUCAUUUAACGGGGGAGGAAAAAAAUCUCUCUACACUGUAAGAAAGAGUAAAGCUGCUGUUUCGAGGUUGCAGCAAUGAUAGCGUGCGCUCGAGAAGGCGAGCUGCGAUCGCACACAGGAAUUGUCAGUCUUCCAUAUUUGGGCAAAGCCCCGCCCACUCAGCGUCAUAUUCUGACAGCGCCGAUCCCCCGGGUUUAGAGUUUUGGCUCCCGGGAAAGGUUCCAUUCCUAGGGGAUAGAGGGCUGAGUUUUGUAUGCUACCAUCCAUUCUGCAAGACGCUAAAGGCCCCUCAUCAACCUCUCCUGUGUUCAGGAACACCUCCAUGGUAAUCAUUUUUUCGUUUAUUUGUCUUCUGGAGCGGGAGCGUCUUGCCAGAAGUGGUCGAUUCAGCAGUGACCUGAAGGUUUUUUGAUUCUGUUCAAGAAGGAUGGCACUACACUGAAAGCAUCGCCAAAACCAAGUUACAAAAUAUUUCUUUUAAUAUAAAGAAUAAAACAAAAUAACCAACUUUUGAAAAUAAAAAACCAGCUGGUUAAAGGACUUCCUAAACGAAAGGAUCGCGCGUUAACUAGCUGCUGAGGUACGGUAGCUUACUCUUGUGUAAAUUGUUUAUGUCGUGCCAGCGCAGGACGGAUUGAAGAAGGAAGCACGACUUCAGAGCUGGGUUUUCUCCACAGAACACUCAAGAGCAAACUCGUGCUCUUAUCUUCCAAUCGCCAAGGACAAGAAAAAUACCCGUUUGGUAGGAACUGGUUUUGCACAAAACUGUUUUAAUGUUUGGGAUUCAGGACAAUAUACCAAGAGGUGGGACGACAAUGAAGGAAGAACCGCUGGGCAGUGGGAUGAAUCCUGUCCGAUCGUGGAUGCACACAGCUGGGGUAGUGGACGCUAACACGGCCGCCCAAAGCGGUGUGGGUUUGGCUCGGGCGCACUACGAAAAGCAACCGCCGUCCAACCUCAGAAAAUCCAAUUUUUUCCACUUCGUCCUGGCUCUCUAUGACAGACAGGGGCAACCCGUGGAGAUCGAACGCACAGCCUAUGUGGACUUUGUGGAGAAGGAGAAAGAACCAAACAGCGAAAAAACCAACAACGGGAUUCAUUACAAACUACAGUUAUUGUACAGCAACGGCGUCAGAACAGAACAAGAUCUUUACGUACGAUUAAUCGAUUCCAUGACAAAACAGGCUAUUAUUUAUGAAGGUCAAGACAAAAACCCAGAAAUGUGCCGAGUUCUUCUCACCCAUGAAAUCAUGUGCAGCCGGUGUUGUGACAAGAAAAGUUGCGGCAACAGGAAUGAGACACCUUCAGACCCAGUUAUCAUUGACAGGUUCUUCCUGAAGUUCUUCCUCAAGUGCAAUCAGAACUGUUUGAAGAAUGCAGGAAACCCCCGAGACAUGCGCAGAUUCCAGGUUGUUGUCUCGACAACAGUCAAUGUGGACGGCCAUGUCCUGGCCGUAUCGGACAACAUGUUCGUACACAACAACUCCAAGCACGGGAGAAGGGCUCGUCGUCUUGACCCUUCAGAAGGUACGGCCCCUCCUUAUCUGGAGAAUGCAGCUACCCCCUGCAUAAAAGCCAUCAGCCCCAGCGAAGGAUGGACCACGGGCGGAGCCACGGUCAUCAUCAUCGGCGACAACUUCUUUGACGGCCUGCAAGUCGUGUUCGGGACGAUGCUCGUCUGGAGUGAGCUGAUAACUCCCCACGCCAUCCGAGUACAGACCCCUCCCAGACACAUCCCCGGUGUGGUGGAAGUCACCCUCUCCUACAAGUCCAAGCAGUUCUGCAAAGGAGCCCCCGGUCGAUUCGUCUACACCGCUUUGAAUGAACCAACCAUCGAUUAUGGAUUCCAGAGGUUGCAGAAGGUCAUCCCAAGACAUCCAGGGGAUCCAGAGAGGUUACCGAAGGAGGUUCUCCUGAAGCGGGCCGCUGACCUUGUGGAAGCUCUGUACGGCAUGCCGCACAACAACCAGGAGAUCAUCCUGAAGAGGGCCGCCGACAUCGCCGAGGCCCUCUACAGCGUACCUCGCAACCACAACCAGAUCCCGUCCCUUGCCAACACUGCAUCCCAUGGAGGCAUGAUGGGAGUGAACUCCUUCAGUGGCCAGCUCGCCGUCAACGUAUCAGAGACAUCUCAGGGUAAUGACCAGGUGGGCUACAGCCGCAACACCAGCAGCGUGUCCCCCCGGGGCUACGUGCCCAGCAGCACCCCGCAGCAGUCCAACUACAACACAGUGAGCAACAGCAUGAACGGGUAUGGGAACUCAGGGAUGCCCAACCUCGGGGUGCCUGGCUCCCCCGGCUUCCUCAACGGCUCCACCGCCAACUCCCCCUACGGCAGUAAGUAUCAAGUAGUGCCGUCGAGCCCUACGAUGGCAACCUCCUCGGUCAGCCUCUCGUCAAACUGUAGCAGUGCACACGGCAUAUUCUCUUUCUCACCUGCCAAUGUCAUCUCUGCAGUGAAACAAAAGAGCGCCUUUGCCCCCGUUGUCAGGCCCCAAGCCUCUCCACCGCCCUCUUGCACCAGUGCAAAUGGCAACGGACUUCAAGCUAUGUCCGGCCUGGUCGUCCCUCCCAUGUAAAUUGCUCCUUCUGCAUCUCCUCUCCAUCCUCGUCGCAAAAUGGGCUUUUCGGAACAUUCGUACAAGUAGAAGACUCGGGUUGAAUCGUGUUGUCCACCACAAACGAAAUCUACAGCUAAUUCUGUUAUCGGGGGGAAAAAGACUUUCGUUUCACAGAUUUUAUUCAGACAAAUAUGAAUUGACAUGCGAGCGACUUCUUCAUGAACAAUUCCAUUUUAUUGACUGAAUUUCUUGUCAUAUUUUCGCAUUUCUCAGUCUUGAAGAAAAAAGGAGGAAAAAAAUGCCUAUUUUGUAUAAACGUUUCUGAUUACAUCUCAGCUGUGUCUAGCUCAUGAUGUAUGUCGGGAGGAACUCUGUGGAUAUACCAUUAACGAAAACACUGAUUUAAAAAGAUAAUGCCUCAGAUUAAGUUUCUCUUACACCGAUGCACGACAGUUGUGCAUCUCUAUAAUGUGAAUUACUUUUUUUUUUUUUCCUUUUUUUAAUUUGUGGUAAGAAGGGGGCCAAGAAAGCGUGAGCCAUUGAACUGGAAAUAAUAUUAAAAAAAUAUAUGAUUUAGAAAACAAACGUGAACAUGAAGUAAAUGGAAAAAAAUACCUGGUUUUAGGGGUUGGUGGAAAUAAGGGAGAUUUUAUCAUGCUUACGUCAUCUUAAAAUGAACUUUGUAACUUAUUGUAGUUAGGAAUUGUAACUUUGAUAUUGCAAAAAUUUUUCUCUUGCCUUCAACAAGCACACUGACAGAGAUAAAACGCUACUGUCUGUUGGUUAAAAAAAAAUGACUUCCACUGCUAAAAGCUUCCUAUUAAGCAAGUGUGAUCUGCAAUGUUUUUCAACUUUUGCUAGGCACUGUAUACUAUUGCAUUCUUAGGCUACUGUGAAGUCUAUGUUUCUUGUACCAGAAAGUUACCCUCUAGCUCCUUGUUCCCUAAUGUGUUUUGUAUGUGGUUAUACAAUUGUAGACUUUUGUGAUUUUGCCAAAGUUGUAGCUAAAUAUUUAUACACUCGUCUUGAAUUUUCCCAGAUCCACUUAAAUAUUUAGUACAGAGUUUUAUUCCUUCGGAAACAAAAAAAAAAAGAAAAAAGAUGGCAAAGGAGUAAAAUAAUCGUAAACAUCGCAACACUUUGUUUCACACAACACUUGCGGUCACUUAGGGAAUUUUUUGUAACAUAUCGAUUAUAAAUAUUGUAUUUAUCUUCAGAAUUUUGUAUAUUGCUUUCCAUCGUUUGAUUUGAUCUUGUAUGUAUUGUUUGUCAUUGCCUGAUAUUGUGAUGCAGCACAGAACGUUAUACCAACAACUGUUUCCUGCCAUUCGCUUUUUUGUAUUAAUAGAUUGCGAUGCCUAUACAUUUUGUGUAUUUCAGAAAUUUUGUUACUUCGUCGAGACUUUUCGUCCAUUCUUUUUUUUUUUUUUUUUUUUUAAUUUCGAGGAAAAGUCAAAUUCAUUGUUUAUUUUUAUAUUAAUUUCUAAGUUAUGUAAACAGAUACUUUUUUUGAAAUAAAAACUGUUUGUUGUAUAGUCAAAUAAAUUGUUUGUGACACAUGGCUGUAAUAAUACUAGUAGAAAAUGUGCAUGUUCAGGAGCCCCUGAGGGAUGAUCCAGUCUGUGGUUGUAAUCCUUUUUUACAUUUGUUUAGUUUUCUUUCAUUUUUUUUUUAUUUUGCUUUUUUUGGGUAGAACGUAAAAAGUCAUACACGAUUUACACCUGCCACCUGUGACUACGCCACAUAGCUGAUCCAUGUUUACAGAGGUUUUAAAAAAAAGGAAAGAAAACUUCAAAAUGGAAUCGCGAAAGCUCACCACUGUUGAUUGAAAUAUGUCCAUCAAGAAACGAAACAACAGGAAACGACACACACGUCCUACGGCGCUUUAACAGUGGACUUUACUUCCAGAGUAACCUUUCUGCCGUUUCGGUGACAACCAUACGUCACAAAUGCCAAUCAUUUCUCCAGAAAUAUGAUCAAUGGUGUAAAAAGCACAAACAUUUUUUUACUAAAAUAAAAAAUAACUAUUGUGACCCCUCA